UCCUCCAUCACAAAUCUCUCAUCUUCAUCGGAAGAAGAGUAAAUGGCGUCGUUUCUCCAGAGAUUAGUAGAUCCCAGGACCAACUUCUUAGCUCGUAUGCAUAUGAAGUCUGUCUCUAAUCGCCUCCGCAGAUACGGUCUGAGAUACGAUGAUCUCUAUGAUCCUUUGUAUGACUUGGAUAUCAAGGAAUCGCUUAAUCGGUUACCGAGAGAGAUAGUUGAUGCUCGGAACCAGCGUUUAAAGCGUGCUAUGGAUCUUUCUAUGAAACACGAGUACCUCCCAGCUGAUCUUCAGGCAGUGCAGACACCAUUCAGGAGCUACCUCCAAGAUAUGCUGGCUCUUGUGAAACGGGAGAGAGCUGAGCGAGAGGCUUUGGGAGCUUUACCUCUCUACCAAAGAACCAUUCCUUAAGCAUGUUAAUUACUCUCUCUCUCUCUUGUGCUAGAGUAAACCCCACUUAACCAAACAGAUCUUAAUAUUCUCUCUGUUUUAGUACUCUUAUCUCUAGUCUUAAAUUUUCCGCACAAUGUGCUAUUGUAUAGUUUAUGCACAACGGUUUUCAUGUUAUAUUCAUUUAAACCUAUUCAUAAGAUUAUAUGAUGUUGAAUUUGAUGUGUAA